AUGACCAGUGAUCAGCAGUCUUCGGCUGUGCUGACCUCUAUGGAGCUCGAAUCUUCUAUGGGAGUCGGCAUCGAUAAGCUUCCUCCUAAGCCAAAGUUUGCUGCUCUCUCGGUACAGGAGAUGGUUGGGAAGAUGGAGUUUCGAAGGAUUCCGGUUCCACCCAUCGGUACUCUCCUCUGAAGAAGAACUGGAUGGGGAUAUACACCCCCGUUUACGAACAAAUGAAGAUUGAUACCCGGAUGAACCGCAAGGUGAGCUUUUCAUGGAUUUCUCCCUUGGUUUUUAACUGGAGUAGGUAAUUGCUCAAGUUCCUUAAGUUAAGAGCAUCAUUUUGUGCUGGGUUACACAAGCAUCGCUUCUGGAUUGCAGGAAAAACAGUGAAUGUCUAUCUAUGGCCGAUCCAAAGAGUGUUGACAUAAUCAUCUGUAAACAACAUUCGAUUUCACCCGGCCUACAUGUAUCCAUUCAACUGGCAGUCUAUAGGUUUUUCUGCGUGUCGUUCAUCACGUUUUUAUAUAUGGGACCUGCCACACAUUUACUCAGCUGAAUCACCUCUCCCUGAAUAAGAGAUCUCUCCCAUGUAAGAAUACUAGACAUGUUUCUGUUUCUCGAAUUUCUGAUUAUGUUGUUCUUUUAUCUGCAUCUCGAUGUUCAAGCUGAAUAAUCCUGCCAUAACAGACGAAGUCUCACUGCCCACCUGUGUUUCGAAUCCGCCCACCUCUUGUUCUUGCACCCAAUGUAGGUGGCUUCGCUUUCACAUUAUUUUAUCCCUGGAAGAAUUUUCGAUCUUACUGUAUGGUGUUCUUAUGAUUAAUGAAUGUUCUCGCCCAAGUUUUGAGCUGUUGAUCGAUGUUCUCGGCUUUUUUCUCCCUCAGGCCCGGAAGGUCGAACUGAAGACCAGACAGGACGCGCCCGAGGUGAACCUGCAGAAGUGUGCAGACUUCGUGCAUACCUUCAUGCUUGGUUUCGACAUAGCAGAUGCCAGUCGCCCUCCGCCUGGAUGACCUCUACUUCGAGUCCUUUGAGAUCCAGGACGUGAAGAUGCUGCAGAGGGCCAUUGGGAGGCUCUCCGGCAAAGGGGGAGAGUCCAAGAUCAGACGAUAUCAAGGUGGCCAGGGACGCUCUCUGCUGUCUGAUCUUGGCAGAGAGGUGUUUAGAUAUGGUAACAUUUUAAAAGAAAUUAUUUACUGCUACCACCUACCCAGUGAUUGUGGUUUGUGCAAAGAAUUUGUCUCCAACCUGCGACGAGAUAAGGAAGAAUAG